AUGACCUCUGACACUGUCACAAUCUAUGUCAUUGAAGCCAGAUGUAAAACAAUCAAGGUACCUAAGUCCGUACCCGAUGGCAGUGGGAUAAUGAUCUUCAAAAAGCGUCAACACACCGUCGCCCAGCUACUACAACCGUCUACAAACGCUGAUGACCUGAGGACGAGUGGUGAGAUAUCAGCCGCCAUAUACUCAAUAUGUUUCGUACCAAAGGACGUACCAAUCCAAUUCAUCUGUGAGACCAAACUCCUAUGCGACACCCUCUGCAGGGACCUAACCAAAUGGGAGGGCAUCGACUGGCUCGGAGUAAGGAACAGGUUGGCGCUCCGCGACCUAGUGAAUGUCCUCCGUCAACGAUGUGCAUACACAUCAUUCCACAAGGCAGAUAACAAGACUGACCGGAACAUCAUUGAUGAAGGUCGCCGUCUCACCACUCGCCUCAUGCAAGACGGUGGAGCUAGAGAAGUCCCACUAAGAAUCGACCCAACCCUUAACAUAUCAGGAGCCAAACUGUCGCUCAUAACACAACGCAUAGCAUACCGGCUGAUCAGGACUCGUCUCGAUACCGCCGAACGACGCCGAACUGUAUCGACAGUGACAUCAGUCAUUGCAACGCUUAACUCACAACUAAAAGAACUCACCCGCGCUGAAGACCUCUGGACAAGCCUACGAAACCCCGACUUCCGCCUUCAGAUCUCUGACUUCCUAUGGAAAUGCAUGCAUGAUGCAUUCCGUGUCGGUAGAUUCUGGAGAAACAUACCGCGAUAUGAAGACCGAGCGAAGUGCCAAUAUUGCGACACUGUUGACUCAAUGAGUCAUAUCCUAGUAGGCUGUGAUGCUCCCGGUCAAUCCGAACUCUGGACGAUGGCCGGCCGCCUAUGGGCAAAGAAACAUGCCAUCUGGUCAAAGCCAACCCUUGAGGACAUACUGGGGUCUGGGCUACGCCAAUGGCACUCUAAAAACAUAAACGCCGCCUCUUUGUGGAGAGAAUGUGGAGGAUCAUAA